CGGCACCGUCAGUCUGUUCCUGCGUUCGGUUCGGUUCGGAUCGUGAUCUUGCUCCAGUGUCCAGUUGCAGUAGUGGUGUCCAGUGUCCAGUGGUGUGGUGCAUCCCCUACAAGUGAUAUUGAGAGUGACGUGGAUGAAUCAAUUGUAAAGCAAUUGUGAAAAAUGAUAGAAUAGUGUAGUGGUGCCUAUUUAGUUGUACAUCGAAGACUGAAGCGCAAGCAAACAUGGAGAGGCGAAAAGGUGUAGUUCAUGGAUUGAUAGUCUUUCUCGUCCUGAUGCUUACAGUCGAAGCUUACAAAAGAAAUCCCCUGAAAGAUCCUCAAAUUUGCGGACGCCCUGUGUGUUCGAAAACAUCGAAGUUUCGAUACAAUGUCGGCACCGUGUACAAGUACGACCAUUCCAUGUACGUAAAGGCCGCUCUCGUAGGGAGCGGAGAUAACACAUCCGAGCUGCACAUAUCGUCCGUCGUCGAGAUUGAUUUCUAUGCACCCUGUCAGGGUAUUCUGCGGCUUUACUCGAUCGAGGUGCGGGAACGAGCUGCACAGGCAGCCGAGGAAGAAUUUUUCGAGUAUGGAGAGGAGCCAGAACACUUAGACACAUCGGAUGUGGAUGAAACGGGUGGCGUGCAUCCGAAGAGUGAUGUCAUCGCAGAGGAGCUGAUGCGUUUCGAACUUCGCUUUGCCUUCCAUGAUGGAGCGAUCGGCGAGAUCUGCCAUGAGGAUAGUGAGUCGGUGUGGACGUUGAACCUGAAGCGUGGCAUCCUGUCAGCGCUGCAGAAUACCAUGCCACGGUUCGACAUCGACUACGAUACGACGGAAACAGAUGUGUCCGGUAUAUGCGAAGUGCAGUACAAGACAAACGGUCGUAACGGAACCAGUCUUCUGUUCCGCAAGACGAAGGAUCUAGUUUCAUGCAAACGGCGGUACAAGACCACAUCGUUCAUCCAAACAGUUCCGUAUGAUUUCCGGACGAAUUACGUUGCCUGGCCAAUACUCAAUUCUAACAGCUAUUGCGAUUUUUCUAUCGAUAAUUCGAUCUACAAAAGCGUUGCCUGCUAUGAACGCCAUCAGCUUGUGCCGUUUUCAAAUGGGCUAGCCGGUGCCGUGACUGAAACAUACAAUAGGCUGGAGCUCGCCGAUGAAGAAACUUACGUCCAUGAAGGCAAUAAUGAGAUUGAUAUCCAGCGCCGUUCCUCGUUGCUGUACGAUCAUACGCCUUCUGUGCACGAAAGUCAUGAUGAGAUCAAAGCAUCCCGAGAAUUGCUGAAGGAACUAUGCGUUCAUGGCUUUCCAAACAUUAGACGUGACUUCCCGGAUGUGUUUCUUAAAUUUCUGACUGCGGCCCGGGCACUAUCAUCCAAUGCACUGUACCAGCUGUUAACGCGUUCUAGAGCUAUUUGCGACAAUGGGCAUAAGCACAUACUGGAAAGCUUACCCUAUAUUGGCUCGGCCGCAUCAGUUACGCUAAUGAAGGAUCAAAUUGUCGAAAACAAUGUAGGACCAGCGCUGGCAAACAAAUGGAUGGAAUCGUUUGCCUUCCUGACCCGCCCGAACGAAGAGGUGUUGGAGGCAAUGCUGGAGCUGAUGAAGCAUGGCAAGGAAUCCGGUGAUCAAACGUACCUUUUGUCAGGAUCUACGGUAGUGAACACGUUCUGUAAAAUACACUCGAACUGUGCGGAAAGUGAGGCAGUACAGGCGAUCGUACAAUAUCUAGAAGAGGAGCUGCUCGAUACGAUCCAGAGUGCUGAGUCAAAGCUCCAACAUGACCGUCGAAAACGGGAACGCGUGAUUGUGCUGUUAAUGGCACUGGGUAACAUGGGUGUAGUAAACAAGCGCUUGAAUUUUGAGCUACGUACCAUCAUUGAGAGUGAGCGAUACCCGACCGAGGUGCGAGUAGAGGCGGUGAACGUGUUCCGCCGUAGUGAUUGUACCCGCACGAAGGAUUACUUCUUGAAGCUGUACUCCACGUUCCUACUGGACGUGGAGGUACGUAUUGCCGCAUACUUGCAAGCAAUGCGAUGUCCAGAUCAUUUGUCGGUAAGACUGAUCAAGAAUGUGCUGAAAACGGAAGAAGUAAAACAGGUCGGAUCUUUUGUUUGGUCUCAUCUGACGAAUCUCGCAAAAAGUGCGUCUCCCGUGCGUGUUCAGGCACAGGGUCUACUCGCAGAGAACGAUCUGGACAGCAAGUUCAAUCUUGACAUACGCAAGUUUUCUCGCAACUACGAACAGACGUUGUUUUUCGAUGAGUACAACUUCGGUAUGACGGUAGAUAGCAAUGUGAUCUUCAGCACUGAGUCGUAUGUACCGCGAUCGGUACGACUGAAUUUGACGACGGAUUUGUUCGGAGAGUCAAUAAACUUCCUGGAGCUCAAUGUACGUCUGGAGGGCUUGGAGCAGUCGGUACAUCAUUUGUUCGGUCCAAAUGGUACGUACAGCGCCAAGAAGGUUGGAGAGCGAGUCGACACUUACAUGAAAUUCCUUCGUCAGUACGUUCCUACGAAGGUGUUGGAAUUGUUCGAUGGUGAGUCUUCAUGGCGUGAUGAGUUGCAAGAUGCUGAAGAAAAUGGGCGAGGAAAACGAGCUGCUGUUCAACGAUUGCCAGUGCUCAUUGCGCGUCAAAUACAGGAGGACGUGGAUCGUCUCGGAUUCCAGCUGAAGGGUAACUUCGACAAACCUCAGGUCACGAUCGGUGUUAAGAUUUUUGGUAACGAUCUCAACUACUACACUGACGGACUGGAAAUAUUCAGCAAGGUAAACCAGCGCAAAAAACUGGCGAGUUUGUUCGAUGGAAAAGAGUCGUCAUACACGAAAUCGUCCGUAUUUUUGGACACCUCAUACGAUGUUCCUCUCAGUUCUGGAAUGCCCUUGGCCUUGGGUCUUGUUGGUGCAUCGUCAGUUGAUCUACGGUUAACGGGUAAGAUUAGAGCGUUUGAUUAUACCCGAUGGUUGAUUGAUAUUGAGGGAAAACUGAAGCCGAGUAUCACAAUGGACAUAACAGCGUCGAUGAGGAGUGAUCUAAUGCACGCCAGCACGGCUAUCAAGGCAAAAACAAACCUAUACUCCAACUCUGCUUGGGCGGCUCAUCUCAAGCUGCGUGGAACCGAUCAAGCAGUAUUGCAGGUCAGCUUGCCCCAGGAACGGAACGAUAUCUUCAGCAUUCGUUCGGAGAUGUUUGUACUGACGGAAAGACGCGAACUACAGCAAGCCGGUAUCGAGCGUCGCUACUCUAAUUCAACCUGCACUUGGCCAUUCAUCGAUCAGGCGAUCGGGUUGAAAAUGUGUACCAACUAUAGCCUACCGGAUGUGAGCAACACCGGCAAAGAUGUGGAGGUACCGAGCCUUAUCCUCAGCGGACCGGUCAAUUUUGAUGUCAGCCUGGAGAAAGCAGAUCCAACGGCCAAGAUGUUUGUGCUGAAGUACAGCUGGGCUGAACGGCAGAAUCAAACGAUCGUGGGUGUAGUGUUUGAAACGCCCAACUCUCAAAUCCCGCGUAUAUUCCGUGCGAAUAUCACGAACGAAGUGCAACGUAAAACGGCAAGCAUGACGUUUGUCAACGGCAAUAUAUCCCAUAAGGCGAUCGGGAUGUACAUCAACAAUCCAAACCAACAGCGGGUGGAAAUGUCGCUGAACGUGAAUGAUCGUAAAUAUCUGGCGCUGGAAAUGGGCUACAAUAAGACCGACACACGGAAUGGGCGCAUGUACUAUCCGUCCUUUUACCUUUCUGUAAACAACGAACGGAUAGCUGGGUUAGGUGGUCAAGUUAAUCAGACAGCAAAAAAUAACAUCUCACAGUGGGACUACAUGAUCAUGUUCGAGACGAAGCGGGUACGCACGAAAACCAUCGGCUAUGUAUCUGUUUCGCACAACAUGACGUACAUGAUUCAUAACUCAAUGGAAUACCGGUUUAUUGGCAGCACGACCGAACGCUUAGUAAUCAAUGCCCUUGCAGAAAUGGCACUAAAGGAGGUGCUGAUGUACCGUGCUAACUUUGACCUGCGAUCAAGCGCCUAUCCCCAUUUUGACGUCGCACUGAAUGGAACUUUGCUGGAUGGAAUGGGUCAUCUUGAUUUUACACUGCUGCACAACAACGCACCGGAUUUGAGGGACGAAAAGUACCGGACUACGCUGAAGAUGAUUUUCGCUAGGGAUAAUCCGUACCGCAGUCAACUGAUCUUGACGCCCAACAGUCAGCAGCUAAUCGGGGGAUCGGCGGAACAGACCGACCCAACCGAACGGACCACCUUGUCAGUCGAGAUGACUAGACCUCGCUCAAAAAUCGAUGUGAAGGGUAUGAUUGUUCACGAAAAUAUGCUACAAAAAGGAGUGGAUCAUACAGUACGGCUCCUCGUCCGUUAUGCCCCCAAGCGGGAGGUGAUAGGUGUGGGAUCGUUUUCUAUGCCACGCUCCCAACGGUUUUGGUUAGAGAGUAGAUUUAAUCUAACGGUUCCGGGCUUUCAUCCAUGCACAGCCACUUUAAGGUUAACAGAAAACUCUACCAAAGAUCAUCAGUUUGAUUUCAAAGGCGUUUGGUUUACGGAACAUGCCGCCAAUGUAAGCGGUUGGUACAAGGAUCGUAGCUCCAACGUAAAGUACUACCACUACGCGAAGUUGGCUGCCCAAAUUGGACUCACCAAUUCGACCCGGGAGCUAUUUGGAGUGAUGAAGUACAUUCAGGAUGAGCAUGAUAAUCGGUUGAGCAUCAACGCGAUGUUCGAGAAGAAACCGUACGGCAUUAUCCUACAACAUACGCAGCAGAUAGCGAACGGUACUAAGAGCUACGCAAUGGUGCAAUGGAAAGAUGAACGGUACUGGUUUUCGGCACUCAUGAAAUCGGCUCCGAUCAAGCAGCUGGAUCUGGAGCUACACAUUGAUAAGAUUCGUGAUAUCAGCGCCACACUGCGAGGCUAUAAGACACCGUUGAAACGUGAAGUCGGCGUAGAGUUCAAGUGGGAUGCGAAUCGUGACCCGACGCAACGAAUUGCGUUGACGGGAGAAUUAAACACUCCUACGGAUCGUAUCUACGAUGGACUGUUCUUACUAUCGUAUCCCAAUCGUACGUUCAGUGGGACGUUCGAUUUGAAGGCAAUCCAUCCACGAUACUUGGCUAACGCGCGCAUUUCAUGGAACACUACGGAAGCGAUCGUGAUACAUUUCGAUGCCGGUACGCACGAGGAGAUGUUAAGCAAGAUGUGGUUGCUACUUCACUUGAACACAACUUUCCACGGCUGGCGUCGAAAUGCGCUGAGCGGAGCGUUUUCUUUCAAGGAUAACGUGCUGUAUACAGACCUUAUUGCAAAUUGGGCCGAGGAUCAGCGUCUGGGAGUUGAGUUGAAUGGAACGUACCGGUCCAAUAAGGAGAUAUUCAACUGUGAGCUAGGCACACAGUUGAAAAGUUCCCUCCGUAAUAUACCUGCAGUAACGAUGUACUUUAAUCAGACAUUAGUAACCGAUAGGGUCGAGACGACUGUCCUCCUAAACUACGAAACUACCGAUCAGCCUGUGCAAGAGUUUUCGGUUCGCUCGAACUGGCAGCACAAAGCGGAUAAGCGGCACAGCAAUAUAACAGGAUCACUUCGAUUGAUAAGCCCAUAUGAGAACUAUCGAAUGGGUGCGCUUGUGGCGAAGGUUUCCGUGAGCGAAAAUCGUACCAUCACAGGAGCCGCCGAUCUGCAGCUGGAUGAUAAUACGUACGAUUUACUGCUCGAGGGACACAUACGCAAUCUGGUGGACUGUAUGUUGACGGCAAACAUAACCUCGUCCAACAUCAACUAUCGCAGCAUAAAUGGACGGUUCGGAAUCAGUGAGAAGAAUCGUCACCUGGUGGCGGAGAUAAUUACACCGAAGACGGAACUCGGUAUAGAGCUACUGUAUGCGGUCGUGUCUCCACAAAACUUUGACGUAAAGUUCCACCUCGCCACACCAUUGAAAGAGCUGGAGAAAGUGAUUCUGCGUGCAAAGCUGCAAAAGGACAACGUGGAUUUCCGAGCUGGCAUGAACAAUAUGGUUUUGGGUUGUACUGGCGUGUGGAGGAAGGCUCACCUGAAGGACUUUGAGUAUUCUUAUCGCAUAUACACUCCACUGCAAAAGUUUGAAGAGAGUGCACUGAUAGUGAAGGUGGUGAUCAACAGUGAGCGUGCGCAAUAUGUUGAUGUGGAGCUUUCGGGUAAGUUCUCAGAAUACAAACUGGGAGUGAAAGCGAUGUCGAAGCCGAAACCGGACAUCAAGCGUGUGAUGCUACCGCAAACAGCUUCCUCGUUGGUUGAGGAAAACCUGUGGAAUAACGAAGUUGACGAUGAGCAAGAGGAUGAGGAUUACGAUGAAGAAGAGGAUGAGGAGAACCUGUUGAAUUUUAUUGGGGAAAUUGAGCUGUACACGAUCGUUAUGCCUACGAUCGAGGGCACACUCGAGUUGACGGAACAAAACUCCCAAUAUCGAGCGAUCGGUAAGCUGAAAGUACCACAAGGUGACAUCGAUUUCCGCGAUCGAUUCUAUUUGAGAGAUUUGCUGAACAUGCACAACAGUUUGCAGUUGAAGACUCCGUUCCCAGUAGCACAGCAAAUCACAUCGGAGUUUGUGAUGAAAUUCUCUCACGAAACCACGGAUAUUACCGUUGGCAUGAAUGUAAAAUUCAACAACCGUUCGGAGUGGGUCAAUACCGGAUUUCAUGUGAACUAUAAGAAGAGCGUGGAUGAGGCUGAAGUGCACAAACAUCAGGCUCUGGUUGAUUUGAUGACUCCGAUGAAGAAUUUGCAGAAAGUAUUCCUGAAUGGAACGUUAGAGAUGGAAGAUCAUAGCUACAAGGGUAACUUGACGGCAAAAACGAUGACAACGGAUGCAUCUUUGGCAUUGUCUUUUGAGGCUGAGGAUCAAUUCAUCGAUACGUUUAUGAGUGUUUGGGUACGGGCGCCCCUGAUGCCCUACUAUGCGUGUCGUGUGUUCUACAAGCAGGACUUCUCCAGCACGGAAAACUCGAUGGACUUGGGUUUCACAGUAAACGAUGGUGAUUUGUAUAGCAAUUUCCGCAUGGAUGGUGCCUGGUCAUUCGCUAAGCCUCACUACAUUAAGGGCGCCGGGAAAUACCAAUCAAACUUCCUGCCGAUCAAUUUAAUCAACACCGACUUUUUGAUCACUCGAUCGCCCCUACCCAGAGCUCACUGCAAUGUGAAAUUCCACGACAAGAAUGGUGUGGUGGAGGAGAUCAAGGCCAGGGCGGAGCGGAACCGUGAAUUGUUCAUGAUAGAUCUGAGCGUACCGAUGGAGGAUUACAGAAAUUUUUCCAUCCACGGACGUCUGCAGCAUCGUCAGGGCAGUGAGUACGCCGUGUCUGGACAGCUGUAUCGCAACGAACACAUAUUUCAGGUGGAGGGUAGCGCAACGAUAGCGGAAGACAUACCAUACCGAGCCGAGCUGGCAUUCCAACCGCUUACACCGGAAGGAUCAAUAGGAUCGAUUCGAUAUGAUUGUAGGAACUCAUCCACAUCGACUGAGUUUAACCUGGAAGUAGAAAGUGGUAACAAGGUAGCUAAGCUGGACGGUAGCUUCAAGUUGUUGGCAAUGUCCGAUUGGUUCUUGAAGCUGGGACUGGAGUCAUCCGAGCCCGGUCUGAAAAGCGUUGAUUUUUACAUGGGUAUAAACCCAGAAGCGAAUGGAAAAGCUCUUGGCAAGUUUAAUCUCCAUUCGCCCUGGGUCCAGUAUGGUAUUGAUCAGGCGGAUGUUGAGAUGAUGUUCGAUGUGCAGCCAAUCUCGGGAUCUGUAGUGGCUCGGUACGGCAUCAGAGAUGUGUCGGGCAAUGCCAGCUGUCUGUGGAACUGGACGUUGAAGUCGAAUACGCAGUUUGCGCUGGAGAAUCGGGUGCUAAGAAACUCGGUUGAACGUUACUUCCGUACGGGUGUGCGGUACGUGAGUCCGGAUCUGGAAAACAACCAUAAUCUUACUUUUGGUGGUGAUUUGAACCUGAAUAACAUUUGGAUAUUCAGUGCGAAUUCUUCGGUAGACUUUAUUUCCAUACGUGAUAUGUCGGCCGUGCUGAAGGUACUGCUACCGAAGCCGGUCGGAGAUGUGCACACCUUAGCUCUUGCUAUGAACGGAAAUCUUCCGUUCCUGGAACCAGUAAAAUCGUUCAACAUGGAAACAUCGUACGAAACAGACGAAAGUCGUAAAAGAUACGCCUAUCAUUCGGAGUACAGCGGCAUCGGAGAUAUUCGUGCAUUGGUACGGUUCGAUUGGGGUCCCGAUGUACGUAAGGAAAGGAUUCAGUCGAUCCUGAACGUGUUCCGAAUCGGUGAUCGCCAAGAGUUGAUGGUGACGUUGCGGGGACCAUGGUAUUUGGAAGAUGCUUUUGUAACCCACGGAACGUAUGAUACAAUAGAAAAUUUGUAUCUCGUGAGUGGAAACAUUUCCAUGCCGGCCUCAACUAAAGUGAUGAGCGCUAACGUAAUAUUCAACGAUCUCUCGAACAUGAAGGCCGACGUCAACUGUACGACACCAUUCCUAAACGUAUCUUGGAUCCAUGGACAGCUUGAGUUUAUUGAGUCUCCGAUCGAAUCUAUACGAUAUGUGAAGGGAUCAUGGCCUGAGUCGAGUGCGAUAUUCGACGCAAAGGCAACCUAUCGCAAUAACAAUCAGGAUCGAGAACAGCAAGGAACGGUAAAGAUGGAAGUUCCACUGCAAACGAGACACUUUGCGGAGAUCAAGUAUGGCUUAUCGGAGAGACCAGCGAUUACGACUGGCUAUGCAGAGGUAGAGUACAAUAGUAAGAACGUGCUUAGCGGACAGUAUACCUCCAAGGAGGAAUCAAGACCUGGCUUUGACAAGGAAACAAUAGAGGUGAUGUUGAAGAAUGAAUACAAACCGAUAGGAGUACAUUACGUACACUCAGUGAACAAGCAAGAUCCUACAGUGGAAUCGAUGGAUUUCAAGCGGGCAGAAAUAUUCGAAUUGGACAACAAGGAGGACAACAAGUUCAACGUUACCGGAGAGCUGCAUGUGCUGAGCAAGGAAAAGGGGCGUGAAUAUAUUGUGCGGGCUAUUCAAACGAACCGAACGGUGGAGCUAACGGCCAACAUUGAGGAGGAUAAUAUUGUAAGCAAGAAGCAAUCUAGACUGCAGCUAGCACCCACCGUAUGGAUAGCAUAUGACUUUGAACGAACCAAUCGUUCGUGGGACGAUGUAGAGGCACAGAACUUUACGCUAAAGAUAUCCUACCCGAAUCGUAACAUAUCGGCCGAUGGAUGGUACUCAUACACGUCGAGUGCAUUUGAUUCGGACAUCACACUCUCGUACAGUCCAAACCGUACCAACGCAGAGGACGAAAGCGAAAUGCCAAAGCAACGCACUGUUCGAGGUGGUGUUGAAUGGCGCGAUCUAGCCAACAGCAGCACUGAUGGACAGCAGAUUCGCUUGUUCUUAGGACAUCCAAGUUUCCAAAAAGACGUGACGGUAGACGCACGAUACUUUACGGAUCCGAAGCAUUGGUUCAGCUCGAAGGCGGAACUGCGGUACAAUGACGACAAUGAGCAUCUGUUGGCGAUGGGUCUCGACCUAAACGACAUGCAACCGAUCGUUGGGUUCUGGAACUAUUCGUACCAUCUCUUUAGCACACACGAGGCAUCCGAUCUGGAUCUGGAUUCGAUUGGAUCGAUCGGGUUGAGACAAGGACUGUGGGGUGUGAGCUCAAAUUCGCAUUACAAACGAGCUUAUUUGUCGCAGAUGCAUGGACAUGUGUUGGGAUGGAUGAACCUACACCAGAAGGAGAUGCACUAUGAGCGAAUAACUUCCCAGAGCAAGUACCGGAUAUGGACAAAAGCAACCGGAGCAUAUCCAGUGUACCUUAUCAACGGAACCCUUUAUGAUGGUCCAGAGCUGGAUGCUACUGGAUUCUUUUAUCUGAACAUCGACGACAAAAUGGUGCAAAUGAAGAUCAACAUGACACCAGAUGGUUCGGAGAAUGUGUACAUGUACGGUAUCAUCCCAGACACGCGCAGUGCUUAUUUCGAUUUAUGGCGAGAUUAUGAUAAGGCACGUGAAGUGGAUGUAACGUACUAUUUGAAGAUGAACCACUCUCGGCUGAUUACGGGUCAUCUGCUAUGGCGCCCGGAAAUCAAAUCGGAUGUACAGAAGUUGGUACGCGAUUACGUGAAUCAAAUGCAUCAAGCUUUGUUGGAGUAUACUGAAUUUUGGAUCAAGCACGUAUACCUGGAGACGAAAGACUCCACGAUGGGCAUUUACGAGGCAGCAGUACCGUACAUAGAAGGAUUUCUGAAUGAUGCUGCGGGACUGAGUGUACUGCAGCAUGAUUUUGAAGAAUUGCAACAUUUCCUAAAUGCGUCGUAUGCGGCGGACGAUUUUUACAUUCGUUCCAUUACCAACAUUACCAUGACGGUGCUGGACGAGCUGGCAUUAAAGAAUAAGAUAACAUCAUUGCCAAAAAUUCUGACCGAGCUAUGGCAGGUGAUGGGUGAAUCAGGACAAGCGUUGGGAAAAUCGAUAGCCUGGUUGCUGGAGCGUGUAAAGCAAUCGUAUCAGAAGUUUAUCGAUAUUGUUGGUAGUAUAUUCCACGGUGACGCUAUGCGAUACCUAUCCUUGACGCUGGAAGAUUCUCUAGAACGGUACGAUAAAGUCGUGAAGGAGGUGCAUCUACAAUUUAUUAAGCACAUACAGGAGUUAUGGGACAAGGCCAUUAUGAUGACGACCACAUUCUGGCACAAGAUGCUUCAAAACAUAGAACCAACAAUAAUUCGACUUGCACAUUAUGGUGAAUCGUUAGGCUGGUUUGUUGGAAAUGAAAUAUUUACAUUUUUGUACAACAAAACACAAGAGAUAGCUGACUCGCCGUACUUCAACACCGUCACCAACUUCACCCAAGACCUGGACCUGCUGUACAAAGAUCUUAUAACGAACGAUGUGUUCACAAACUUGAAGAAGUACUCAUCGGUAUGGUGGGAAUUCAUGCGUAAGAAGUACUUCCAGGUUGUACCAUUCGCCAGAGAGCUAUACCAGGUUGGAAAUGAGCUGCUAGAAGAGAUCAAACAACUGCGCAAGAUCGAGUUCGUACACUUCCUCAUACAACGCUACGAAGAGGUUAAAGCGAAGGCAGAAUGGCUCGCUGAAGAGUUCCAGGUCGUUAGCCGUUUAUCGCAAAUGUGGAAAGUAGUGAGUAAAAAGUUUAUGCAUCUAGCACAAACAGCACUACAAGCGGAGGAUCAUUAUCGUGAGGCAAAGACAAAGUUCAUAUUCGAUCCCGAACGUGGCGUGAUGGAGUUAGAGCAGAAGCUUCCCAUGUCGUGGCAUGCGUUCAACGAAACGCCCAAGUUUGAGGAGAUACCGGAGUUUAAGUACAUCAGCAAAAUACAGGACCUCUUUGCCGGUAGCAAUACAACGAUCUGGACAGUGUACAACGAUAUCUGUCCGUACGUGGAUCUGGAGGUGUGGCUUCCGCCCUUUAAGAGCACCGCACUACUGAUCGGCUCGAGGCACUACAUGUCGUUUGAUAAACGAUUUAUUUCGUUGGAUCUGAGUGAUUCGAACCGCUGUCAGUAUCUGUUGGCGCAUGAUUACUACAAUCGAACGAUAACGCUGUUGUUGGAAUCAUCGGAUCUGAAGUACGGUCAAACUUCCAGACAAAUUACACUCAUUAUCGAUGACAAUACGCUUGCGAUCGACGUGUUCAACAUUUCUGUGAAAAUCAACAACAAGGCGACUGCACUGCCCGCAAUGAUCGGUACGCAGACGGUGGUUUUCCAGCAAUCGGAUCAGCUGUGGAUACAAUCGCAACGUGGCUUCCUGGUUGGUUGUAGCUUGCGCUACCAUAUCUGCUGGCUGGAACUGAGUGGAUGGUACUUUGGCAAGAUGGCGGGACUGCUUGGAACGAUGAACAACGAAAUGUUUGACGAUCGUAUCACUUCCACCAAUCGAUACAACGAAACAGAAGAACAGUUCCUCAACAGUUGGGCGUUGCCGGGCUGUAGCUCGACGGUUACUGCGACGAACCAUACCAGCAACUUUUACAGUGCCUCGAACGAGCUAAGUCAGUUGUGUGACAGUUUCUUCCACCAGAAGCUGUCGUAUCUGGCAACAUGCUUCUCCGUGGUGGACGUAACUCCGUUCUACGAGAUGUGUAUGGACCUGGGGCAUAAUCUAAUGCCGGAUCGGGGCGCAUGUACGGCUGCGAUUGCAUACAUUCAGGCAUGUAGCCUGGAGCGAACACCUUUGCGAGUUCCAAAUAAUUGCAUCAGCUGUUUGCUAAUGAACGGAAGCUACGUUCCGGAGGGUAGUUUUGUGCCGCUGCGUAACGAAGAAGUUCCCAAGGCGGCCGAUGUGGUGUUUAUCAUUGAAGCAAAGCCCUGCAACGAACGGUUUGUGGAGACAAAGAGCAUCAACCUGCUAGUGAGCGGAAUCGCCCGGGAGCUGCAAGACUUGGGCAUCGAUGACACGCUGUUCGGUGUGGUGACAUUCGGUGGCUCGGCUCCGUUUGAUCGUGCUCAUAGUGUGGUGGUUGGAAACUCCGUAUUCGAAAUGCACAAUGGAACGCAACCGUUCUUCGAUCACGUCAAGAUCGGCAACGGUACGAACGAAGACAUCUUCGACGCCAUCACAAUGGCCUCAAACCUGGUGUUCCGACCGGGUGCAUCGAAAACGUUCGUACUGCUGCCGUGUUCACGGUGCGUUGCGUCCAAGAUGAAGCUUGACUUUUCGUCGAUCGUACAGCUGCUAGUCGAGAACGACAUCAAGCUGCACAUUCUGGCGGACCAGGAGCUAUCAUUCCAGAAGUCACGCGUGUCCCGCCUGUUCUACGGAAUGGAUAGCCAGAUGGUUUACACGAAGAAGGACGUGAAGGAGCUAAUCGGCGAUGCUGAACUGCGGCGACAAAUUCAACUGCCGAAGGCAACGCUCGGCGAGUGUAUUGCACUGGCGAUGGAAACGAACGGAUCGAUAUUUGGUGGACACAAGCUGCGCCAGGAUCGUUCGAAUACAGCAAAUACGAAGAAGUUUAUCAAGGUGUUUGCAAAGCGUAUCGCAGCGUCAGCGCUUCCGAACAGCUGCCAAACGUGCGAGUGCACCGGACACAAUACCGGAGUGGCGUACAUGCAAUGUACGCCGUGCAACUAUCCUUCACCAUUCUCGAUGGAGGACGGCAACAUGACGGACGAUAUGUUCCUAUCCGUCAUGCAGCCGGAUGGUGAAUUCGAUUACUACGACUUUGAGGGCGGAAUUUAAAGAAUGAGGGAAUUUCAAAGAAUGCAAGAAAUUUUUCGUUAAGAUUAGUAUGUAAAAUGAUUAUGUUACGUUCUACUGCGACAGAAUGUAAGGAGAAUAACCACAAGAAAAAGAUAAAAAUGUGUAGCUUUUCUUAUCCGUGGUCGGGUUCUAUUUUAUAUGAGACAUCAUCAUCUUUGUGAAUAUGAAAAACUCAAUUUGCCAGCGUCCCGCUAA